AUGCGGUGGAUAAGGCACCAGGCUCGGCAGGACCUCUUCCUGAGGUGGCAAAGAAAUCUGGCAAAUGCCAGAUAUGGGAGGAGGUCCGUCGAGGCCAUCCAGCCCUGUCUCCCGGAAUGGGUGGACAGGGCAUCGGGGACCCUGACCUUCAGAAUGACGCAGGUACUCACCGGAAACGGCUGCUUCGGUGAGUACCUGCAAAGGAUAGGUAAGGAACGCACAGCGCAGUGUCACCACUGCGAAUAUGACCACGACUCCGCGCAACACACGUUACAAGACUGCCCAGCGUGGGCAGCAGAGCGCGGAGUCGUGGUCAGGGAAUUAGGCCUGGACUUAUCGCUCCCCAGUGUGGUUGCGGCCAUGCUGGGGAGUGAGAAAAAGUGGGAGGUGUUUGCCUCCUUCUGCGAAAGCAUCAUGGCGCAGAAGGAGGCGGCGGAAGAAAUUCGCCGUCAGGCGGAGGGAAGGGGCAGGGUGUAA